AGCAAGAUGGGACGAAUGGGGCCUCCUCUCGUUUGGAAACUUUCUUAUGAUGUUUUUGGAUCUGGAGGCUUCGUGCACUACGGGGAGGUCACCAAUGACUUCGUCAUGCUCAAGGGCUGCGUUAUUGGAACCAAGAAGAGAGUCCUCACUCUCCGCAAGUCCCUGCUGGUGCAGACGAAGCGUCGCGCCCUGGAGAAGAUCGACCUGAAGUUCAUAGACACCACCUCCAAGUUCGGACACGGACGCUUCCAGACCGCCGAAGAGAAGAAGGCGUUCAUGGGACCACUCAAAAAGGACCGAAUCCUCAAGGAGGAGACUGCGUAAGCCCAGAGACCCCCUCUCUCAUCUUUCUCUGGUUUUAUAUAAAGUCUUUCUGCAGUAGUACUGCCGGCUGUCCAAUAAAGAAAUUAAAACCUUUUAAA